UCAAAGCACUCUCGAAACCCUAGCCGCCACCUUCCACCAAGGCACCAACACACAGCACCCAUCACACCUACUCGCUGACGGCGGACGGCCUACGCCAUGCAGCGCGCCGCCGUAAGGGUUGCUUCCCUGGCCACCCGCCGCUUUGCUGCGUCGGCCACCCGCCCGGGGCUCCCAGCUGGCCCGGCGCCUCUUCGGUCUGCCGCGGCGGUGGUCAACGGCACCACGCGAUUAUCCCUCCAGCCAACUGUUGCUGCUGCCGCGGCGGCUCUGUGUGCCCGGCGCGGGUACGCCGGCAGUUCUCCCAAGGCGAAGACGGUCAGCGAGGAGAAGGAGGAAGACGAGGAGGAGGAGGACGAGUUCGAGGAUAUGUCCUGCGACGAGGACCUCGACGGGGACUCCUACUCCGACGAUUCGGACGACGAUGAUCUGUAUCCUUCCGCAAGUGAUUAGGAGGAACCAGUGAAGAAGCGCGGGUGGUUGAGAUAAUUUCUGUUGUUUCGUUUCUUUCUCGAGGUUGAGAGAAAAAUGGAAGAAAGAAAAAUAAAUUUGCUUUUAAGUUCUUUUUCUGAGACGGCGUUUAAGUAUUUACUCUUGGUGACUUUUCUUUCGCUUCUUGUUGGGGGCAAGAAAAUUUGAAACAUGAGAUUGAAAGUUGUAAUGCAUCAAA